AUGGCGCUCGAACAGACUCUGUUCCUGGACAGCGCUAUUCGCGACUGGGUGCUGAUCCCCAUUUUGGUGGUCAUGAUCCUGGUUGGUGUGCUGCGACACAAUGUCAUCUCGUUGCUAAACUCGCCGCCGAAGAGCAUCGCCGCACCUGCACUCCGAGAACAACGGGUGAUGGCAAGAGCAGGUGCGUUGCGUCUAAACUACUUCCAGCUGCCACCGACCUCGUUCGCAGCUCGCAAGGCUUUCCUGUCGGACGCUCUCUCCAACGGCUCGUACCUGCAACCCAAAGACAAGGAAGAAAAAGAAGGACCCAAGAACCCUUUCGAGCCAGCCGGCGGUAUGGACGGCAUGAUGGAUGGCAUGAAGAAGCAGAUGGUCAUGAUGAUCCCGCAAACCGUCAUCAUGGGCUGGAUCAACUUCUUCUUUUCCGGAUUCGUGCUGCUCAAGCUUCCAUUCCCGCUGACCGUGAGGUUCAAGGUGAUGCUGCAGCGAGACAUCCAGACGCCCGACCUCGAUGUGACGUGGGUGUCGUCGCUCAGCUGGUACUUUUUGACGCUCUUCGGUCUUAAUGCGGUCUACCGACUCGUUCUGGGCGACGACAAUGCUGCCGAUGGCACGCGCGAUAUGGCGGCCAUGUCUGGUGCAGCGGCUCCGAUGCAAGGCAUGAACCCCGCCGCCCCAGGGCAAGCCCCCGACUUUGAAAAGCUCCACCUGGCCGAACGCGACAACCUCGAGCUCGUCGGACUCGAAGACUCGAGCAUUCGCUGGAUCGGUGACGGCAUCGAGGAUCGUGUUCUCGCCCUCUACGCUUAG